AUGCCCUCGACUAUCAUCCAGGCAGGACAAACAUGGCAUGGCUUUAGCAAGAUCCAGUAUUUGAUCAUAUUUGGUGAUUCCUAUAGCAGCAUUCGUUGGGACUACCAAUCUUCUCCCCAUCCGACAAUCAAGAGCCCGAUGGGAGUAACCUAUCCUGGAGUAACAUACGCAGAGCCUGGCAAGCCGAACUGGGUCGGACAUAUAGUAAAAUCGCGUUCAUCUAAACUGGUGUACGACUAUGCCAGGGGAAACGACUUUGUGUCUUCUCUAGAGAGGCAGAUCAUAUACCAGUUCCUUCCAAAUGUUGCAAGGAAGCCAUCGACGGCCCAAUGGGAACCAGACGACACACUAUUUAUGACGUGGAUUGGGAUUAAUGAUCUCGCUCUCAUCGAAGACAUUGAAGGCGUGUUUAACACGCUGAAAGGCCUUUUCCGGUACCAAGAGAAACUAUAUGCCUCCGGGGCUCGAAACUUUCUGUUAUUUGACCUCCCUCCGAUCCAUCGAUCGCCCUCAGUACGCGAAGAUACUGAUACCGUGUUGGAACAGUAUCAGACGUGGAAUGCGACAUUAGAGAAAGAACUCCAGAGCUGGACUAGAAGCCAUCCGGAUAUCACCACCUUUCUCUUUUCCUCGUGGGAUUCAUUUUCGCGCGUGUUGGAUGACCCAAACGCAUUUGGAUUUGAUCACAACGACAUCAGCGAAGCUGGGGGCGCAAUAUGGGUAGAUCGGCUUCGUCCCACGAGUGCGAUGCAUCGAAUCAUUGCGGACGAUCUGAUUUCGUUCUUGGAUGCCCAUUCACCGCAUGUCCCCGAUCAGCCGGAAUUCCCGCAUAAUCGGGCGUGCUUCUCAGCAAGUAAUGCUGUAUGA